UUCUAGGCAAAAACAAAUUCCGUUUGCACAAAUGGUGGCAUGGUGGAAUGGCGAUGUUAUUUAUUGGUCGCGAUUUGGUUAUUGAAAGGUGAUGCAUCUCGACCACCAUUUUUUGACUACGAUUGCGCUUGUGUGAAGCAGAGGCUGACCGUUGCAGAUUGGAACGGCAUUCAUCGUGAGGUGGAGGCAGCUGUCCAAUCUGCACAGAAAGGAGGCCCUUGGCCUCGUCCCCCGAGAUUGUCUGGGCGCCUCUUGCUGCAGCAAGCAGAAGAAGCCGCGCAGGAGUGCCCCUUGGGACUCUUGAACCUCGCCAUCGUCCACUUCUAUACAGCGGCAUUUGAGAGCACAGAGGAGUCAACUGACCCACUUGUAAGCGAACGGCACAGAAAAGAAGUGAUGCAAAUUUCAGCCCAUGUCGCUGAUUCUUUAGCUAGCGAGUUUCCUGUGCACGUGAUAUGCUCAAGUCGGUGGCCAGUCUUUGAGGCCAUCGAGAUCUUUACACUGAAGAUGGACAAGGAUAUAGCUGGAGUUCCUGGCAAUGCGUGUGACGACAUAGUUGGUGGUGAAACUACUGAAGCCCUUGACGACCGUCUCAAGUGGAUUGUUGAGGCAGUUGAUUGGAAGAAACUCCGGUGGAUCGCAGGUCACUGGUCGCGGAUGCAGUUUACAGAAGGAUCUCGCAGUCCAGAGGUUGUCAAGCUGCUUUUGCUUAUAGACAACUUCGUGGAUGAAGCCUCGACCAAGCAAGCGGAGUUGGAGUGCCCAAUUGGAACUGCUUUCUUGGCGGCAGUUCAGGCUGCCAGCGCGGUGGUGCAAUUCACGCACAACUUUGACAAGCACAGCAACGUCCUGGACAAAGUUAUCCAUGAGGGGCUUCUAUCAGCAGUUUCGUGUGGAUGGCCCUUGGGACAUGCCUUGGCCGUUCUUUCUGAUUCCAACAAAGCUCGUAGGUACGCUGAUCGCAACUACAAAUAUCUGCGGAAUUACGCAGAUCUCGAUUUGCAUGUACAGGAGCUGUCUCCGCUGGUUGCUCCUCCAACGUCAGGCAGUGACACCGUGGCCUGGCAUAAGCGAGCUGCGAAGAAGGCAGCUGCAAUUGCUCGUGUGCCUUGGCACAGCUUUGCCCGGGUCCUCCUUUCCAAGGCCGCCGGCCGGGGACGAGUUUUCCGACAGGCACUAAAUGCCAUUCAAGAGUUGACCGGCGGUCGGCGCGAAAAGUCAAGAGGUCGUCAAGUAGCUUUGACAUUACUUUAUGGGCACUCAUGGAGCAGCCUCCUUCAACGCCUGGUGUCCCACCUUUGCAGGCUUGGCUUUGCAUGGCCUUUGCUUGUGGUGUCCAUUGGACAAGAGGCUUACGAGGCAUGCCGCCAUCUCCGAAAGUCAGUCAACUUGAAAGUUUCUUGCUGGAGACCGAAUACAGAAUCGCAGGUCCACAGGUUUACCAUUGUACACAUUCUUUUGCACCUUGGUGUGGAUGUUUUCUACUUCGACAUGGAUGCGUUCUUUCUACAGAACCCCCUACCUGCCGUGCUGUCGCAGGCGAGGAUGAAGAACCACGAAACAAUUUUUGCGUCGCAUGGUGACGGAGAUUGCAUAAACAUUGGUGUCUUCUACAUCAAAUCGACGAUCCGCACGACAAUGUGGUUCUCUCAGUUUCUGGAGUGGUACUAUGAGCACCAGUACGAGAUUGAUCAGAGGGGCUUGGACGUGCUUCUGGGCUCUCCGCUUCGCAUUCCAGACGGCGUACUCGGUGUGUCCUUCCCACCGAAGAACCUGCCAAAGGUGCGGGUUGGUGUCAUGGAAGAUGAGAACAAGGUGGUGAUUGGCUUUAUUGGUUGGUAUGGCCACAUUUCAAAAAUGGAUGUGUUCCAUUGGUGCAACUCGCACUUAGAUGAGAAGUGGGAGGAGCUAGAUGCAGUUUACAAAGCCGCCGAAGCUGUUCAGGACUGGAUGCCGCUUUCACUGGCAUUGUCCGUGGUUUCUACUCUUGACUUCCAAGUGCUUCCCCGGGAGCCAUCGGAAGAGUGGUCGGUGGUCAACACAGGAAAGCCACCUUUGCCUGGCAGUUCCGUGUGGAAGCAGGUGGGACAAGCUCGCCGGGUGUUUGAGGCCUAUCGGCUACCGAAGCCCCUUGAGCGCUUGCCAUGUUGGUAGUUGGAAACACCCAAAGUGGUGCUGUGAGUUGUGCCAAUGCGUGUGACAAGUUAUCACAGAAUGUACUUCAUACAACUAGUUUGUCUAGUCAGGAGGCAAUUGAAGCUGUUUGAUGACGCAAUGAAUGCGUUGAAGUGGCAGUGUUGAA